GUCGUGAAGCUCUUUCCACCAAAUCCAGCCAUUGCUUUCUAGUCAUUACAGUUCAACAGAUCAGAAUGGCUUUGCUAUAUCUACGCUCUCUUUUGGCUACUUCCCGAGCCAUUACACGCUUCAAUGGCAGACUUUCAGUCGUCAGAGGUGCCCGGCAGCGCAGCAUCACAAAUUCAGCUACAAAUGAUGGUACCCUUCCGCUGAAAGGAUACAAAGUACUUGAUAUGACUAGAGUGCUAGCUGGCGUAUGAACACCAUAUCAUCAAUCUUCUACAUCUUUACCACGCAUACUAAUGGUACUUCUAUAGCCAUACGCCACGCAAAUCCUUGCUGACCUUGGGUACGUUUUACACAACAAGACUCAUGCGCAAGGCUUACGAGACUCAGCGCAGAAGUCAUAAAGGUCGAGCAUCCUACGAAAGGCGAUGACACGAGGCAAUGGGGCCCACCGUAUGCCAAAUACAAAGAAGGUUCAGGCAAGGAGGGUCCGGGAGAAAGCGCUUAUUUCCUCUCGGUAGGAAACUCCUCCCUAACAUGAAUGGAGAACUGAUGUGGAGGUAAGGUAAAUCGGAACAAGAAAUCUCUUGGACUCUCCUUUCAGCAUAAAUCAGGCGUGGAAAUCCUACACAAACUUGUUGCAGAAAGCGAUAUUCUCGUCGAAAACUAUCUGCCCGGAACUCUGAAAAAAUACGGCAUGGAUUUUGAAACGCUUCAUAAAUUGAAUCCACGUUUGAUUUACGCUUCAAUCACAGGAUACGGCCAGACAGGCCCAUAUUCAAAUAGAGCUGGUUACGAUGUUAUGGUUGAGGCAGAGAUGGGAUUAAUGCAUAUUACUGGAAGUAGAGAUGGUCCUCCCGUCAAGGUAGGCGUUGCGGUCACGGAUCUUACUACUGGGUUAUAUACUAGCAAUAGUAUCAUGGCUGCAAUUAUUGCCCGAAGCCGAACAGGUAGGGGACAGCAUAUCGAUAUUGCUUUGAGUGAUUGUCAAGUUGCAACGCUAGUCAAUAUCGCAAGCAGCUGUCUGAUUAGCGGAGAGAAGGACCAAGGAAGGUGGGGUACAGCCCAUCGUAAGUUUUCUUUCUACAUCACAUUUUGGAUUUACUUGCUUACAUACUUUUUAGCUGCAAUAGUUCCCUACAGAUCCUAUAAAACCAAAGAUGGAGACAUUCUCUUUGGAGGAGGGAAUGACCGCCUUUUUGGCUUAAUUUGUAAGGGACUGGGUCGCCCAGAAUGGGCAAAAUAUCCCAAAUUUGAAGUCAACACCCAAAGAAUAAUAAAUCGUGUUGAACUCGACGAUUCGAUCGAAGCAAUUACCAAGACUAAAACAACAGCAGAAUGGUUGGAUAUCUAUGAAGGCUGCGGACUUCCAUACGCAGCGGUAAACGACGUCCAAGGCACUUUGAAUCAUAAACAUGUUUUGGCCAGAGAUAUGGUCGUAAAGAUGGAACAUGAAUUUUGCGGAGACAUCAAAAUGGUCAACACGCCGGUUAAGUAUAGCGAGAGCAAGCCCAGUAUCCGCACAGCGCCACCUACGUUGGGACAACAUACCGACGAGAUUCUUGAAAGUAUUCUGGGUCUGAAUGAAGAAGAAAUCGCAUCACUCAAAUCAGAAGGUGCCGUGAGAUAGUACCUAAAUAGAAGAAUGUGCAGUAAUACAAUCAACAAAUCCAUAUGUAUAUUUAC